AUGUGCCUCAUCCAAGUCACACACUUCCAAUGCGGCCACACCUUCGAAGGCCGCACCCGCCGCUGCGCAGCCUACCACGAGCGCAGAGUUGCAGCGGCGCCCACGCUCUGCAACUUCCCCCUCUUCCGCCACCACAGCACUCACACACGCACCUCUCAAUGCCCCGACACGCGCCGCAACAACAAGGAAGCGCCCACCAUGUGCUCACAGGCCUGCGUGCAGCGGCUGAUGGACCGACAGCGCAAGCAGGAGCGGGAGGAGCUGAGACAGGAGCAGCAGAAGCGUGAGCGUGCCCGGGCGGUUGCGCGGCAGUACCGUGCUGCGAAGGAUAAGGCCGAGCAGUGGGAGGCUGCUGUGCAGCAGCGGGCUAGGGAGAGACAGCAGGAGUUGGAGAGGGAAAGAGAGAGAGAGCGACAGACGGGAAGGGGUCAGAGGAGCAGAGGUAAACCGCCGGUGCCUCCGAAGGAUGAACCCAUGGGGGAAUCAGGCUCCAGGGGCUUCUCCUCCGAGGAGCUAUUCUCCGAGGAACUCUUCACGGUAUCCCUCAUCGAGAUACUCCCCGGGAAACUCGUCGAGAACAUCCCAGACGAGACACGCCCCGAGAAGCACUUCUAG